AUGCAGGGAGACGGCUGGAAGGAGAGGCUGAUCCACUGGGCCACUGUGCUCUUCAGAGUCGGGCUGUGGCUGGCUCUGGCCUGGGCCCUGUCCCAUCUGCACUUCAGCGCCCCAUGCUUCCUGCUGCCCAUGCUCAUGUGGCUGUACUCUGUGCCCCUCAAGGUCCUCUUCUCCAGGACCAAGAGAGGACCCCACAACCGCCACCACAACCGUAACCGUCACAACCGUAACCGUCACAAGAACAAAGAUCAUUAA